GAUUAGCGAGUACCCAUUGCCUGCUAUGCUAAGUCUCCUCUCCUCCCAUUCAAAACAAGUUUACUUUCCUUCUGCAUUGGGAAUCUUGUCCAGAGAUCCAAAGUAUCCUUAGUUUUGUGUAUCUUUUCCCAGCUUCUGGAGCACUCCUAGAAAUAUUGGCUGCCUACACGACUAAGAAUCUCGUGCUUUACUUAGCGGGUUGUUUUGUUCUGUUUUCCUUUUGACAGGUAAUAGUUGUUUCAGGAAUUUAUCCAUUUGGAUCGCCAGUUCCUUGGCCAUUUCUAUGUAACUUCCCCCCCAUCCAUCUGAGUCCAAUUUCCUCUGGGCUCUAUUCUCCAGCCCUAAGUAGAUCUGGUCAGUCCCACCUCUGGGUGGGAGUGAUCAGGGGGCUCUGGCCCAGGAUUUCCAACCCUGGAAGGCAGCUGCAAGUCAGCGAGAGAGUUGGGUGUUGGUUACGAACCUGGCAACUCAGGAGUGGGCCCGCCACUCACCCCCCACAAAAAGAUGAAGAAGCGCAAAGAGCUCAAUGCGUUGAUCGGCCUGGCUGGUGACAGUCGGAGAAAGAAGACCAAGCAAGGCCCAAGCAGCCACCGCCUGCUUCGCACUGAGCCUCCUGACUCAGACUCAGAAUCCAGCUCAGAGGAAGAGGAAUUUGGAGCAAUUGGAAAUCGCUCUCGUUUUGUCAAGGGAGACUAUGUCCGAUGCUGCAAGAUCUGCUAUCCCCUCUGUGCCUUUGUCAUCCUCGCAGCCUGCGUUGUGGCCUGUGUGGGCUUGGUGUGGAUGCAAAUGGCUCUCAAGGAGGAUCUGGAUGUCCUCAAGGAAAAAUUUCGAACGAUGGAGUCUAAUCAGAAAAGCUCAUUCCAGGAAAUCCCCAAACUUAACGAGGAACUUCUCAGCAAACAAAAACAACUUGAGAAGAUUGAGUCUGGGGAGCUGGGCUUAAGCAGAGUCUGGAUCAACAUCACAGAAAUGAAUAAGCAGAUUUCUCUGUUGAGUUCUGCAGUAAACCACCUAAAAGCAAGUGUCAAGGCGGCCGCAGACUUGCUUAGCCUGCCCAGCACUGUAGAGGGACUUCAGAAGAGUGUAGCUUCCAUUGGCAAUACUUUAAACAGUGUCCACCUUGCUGUAGAGGUGAUACAGAAGACUGUGGAUGAACACAAGACAACCUUGGAGUUCCUGCAGAGCAGUAUGGAGACCAAUAGAAGCAACCAAAUCAUGCCAUCGCCUUCACCUCCAUCAGAACUUGACAGUAAAACCCACAGUGAAAGUACAAAACAGGAUAUCCUGUACCUGUACAACUCCUUAGAGGAAGUCAACAGUACUGUAGUGGGAUACCAGCGACAGAAUGACCUUAAACUCAAGGGGAUGAGCGAGACCCUCAGUAACCUGACACAGAGACUCAGCCUGAUAGAAAGUGAUGUGGUUGCACUGAGCAAGGCAGAACAAAGAACAAACGUGAACUCCAGCAUGAUGGGUAAUAGGGCUGCCACUCUGAAAAGAGAGUUUUUGGUGACCAACAGAACUGAUUCUGUAAAGAUCCAAAGCCUAAAGAAAGAAGAUAAUUCAAAUUCUCAGGUAUCCGAGCUUCGAGAAAAACUGCAGCUGAUCAGUGCUCUCACAAACAAACCUGAAAGCAACAGGCCUCCAGAGACCACAGAUGACGAGCAAGUACAGAACUUCACAUCAGAUCCUUCAGCAUUGCCAGAAUUUUCACAGCUUCUUGGAGACCAAAUAGAGACCCAACUAAAACCUAUCUCCCUGCCUGGGAUAUCUAACAUCAAAGAGCUUCAGGAUUUAUUCCACAAGACUGGUCAAGAUGUGAAUGGGAUGCUGACCUACCAGGAACUCUGGAAUUCCCUAGGCUCUGCCAUGCCAAGACCAGAAAGCUUGAGCGCAUUUGAUUCCAAUGGAGAUGGGAGAUAUUCUUUCCUGGAGCUAAAAGUAGCUUUAGGAUGCCUAAAGCCAAAAUGUGGUCAGAUGAAACAUGAAAUCUUACUCUUUCCUCAUACUUGUUCACUCAGAGGGAGCCAUGGGUUUUCUGUCCAGAGGAUACCACAUGGAGCAGGCAUGCUUGGAGCAGGAGCCUUCUGGUGAUGGGGGCAGUUUUCUCAGAUCUAAAAAGCAGGUGUGAUGUUUCUCUCUUUACAUGCCUUUUGGGUAGGUCAGGAACAGUCUGAGUAGAAGGAAAUCACCAUUCACCGACGUGUUGAGAACACUCCCAGUGUUGUUCUUAGGAGUCACUGGGCAACUCCAGUAGAAGACCUUCCAGAACUACAUGUGGCUGUAGCCAGUCAGGGAAACCCUGGAGAAGCUGCUAUGAUAGCAGGCUUCUUUAGCACAGGUGAUUCCUUGUUAAUUUUGUUCAAGUUGCCCUGUCAGCUGUAGAUACAGUCUAGUACCCUUAAACCUUCAAAGACAUUUGGUUUUUGCUUUUGCUUUGCUUUGCUUUG